AACGACAACAGCAGCGACAACAGCAGCAGCAACAACAGCAGCAACGACAACAGCAGCAACAGCAACCGGCGGCAUAACGCAUAAUCGGCAACGCUGCAAUUGACACCGAUAUCUUCUCGUUGCGUUGUGUGUGUGUGUGGUAAAGAAUAGCCAGCGGUGUGUAUAGCGAGGAUAGUGGAGCCCGCUGAUGGUGGCCACGCCACGGAACAACAACAACAGCAGCAGCAGGAGGACGACUGCAAGAAUCGUAGCGGCGCCGUGUCCCGACCGGGACGGCAACCUCUCUCCAUACUCAUCCCGCACGAUACUUAAACUACUCUAACACGGCUACUACUGGCUGCUUUGUGGGCUCACCACCACUAUCACGCCACCACUACCACAACACUACCACACCACCACUACCACACCACCACACUACCACUACCACAGUACCACCACCACUACCACACUACCACUACCACAACACUACCACACCACCACCACACCACUACCACACUACUACGACUACCACCACCACUACCACAUCACUACCACGCCACCCAACAUCGCCUUUCGCCGCCGUCUCUUCCGAUCGCCACCACCGGGGCCCGCCGCUGUCCCCGGGGGUGGGGGGAGGUUGGUGGGGGUUGGGGGAGUAAAAAAAAAGAGAGAACGAGAGAAGACAACGAAUCCACGAGAGAACGAAUCCACGAGAGAAGACGACGAAUCCACGAGAGAAGACGACGAAUCCACGAGAGAACGAAUCCACGAGAGAAGACGACGAAUCCACGGAGCCACCAACCACCAAAACCGCGCGCGCCGCCGCCACCACCACCACCUCCACCCCUCCCUCCUCCAUCUUCAUCCCGCCUCUGAACAUCUCUCAGCAACAACAACAGCAGCAGUAGCAGCAGCAAGAGAAGCAGGAGUGUGGAGUAGCAGCAGCAGCAGGAAGAAGAAGAAGAGAGGGAGGAGGAGGAGGAGCUGAGCUGUGCGAGUCGUCGCCGUCCCACAUCAUCAUCAGCAGCAGCAGUGCGUUGUGACGCGGCGCUGCUUGGCAGGGCUCGCCAUGGCGAGCUGCCAACAGCAGCAGCAGCGGCCGCCGCCGCCGCGACCACGGCCACAGCAGCCGAGGCGGCACCCAAGCCUCCUCCUCCUCCUCAUCAUCACCACUCGACUCCCACUGUUGUUGCGACCCAUGCUGCUACUGCUGCUGCUUCGGCCAGGGCCGUGUGGCAGCGUGGCGGAGACGCGGCAGUGCGUUUACUACAACGGCUCGCUGGGCUGGGACGGGGAGGCGGCCGUGGCCUCGGAGCUAUGUGAUGGCGAGCGAGACAAGCGCCAGCACUGCUACGCCACCUGGCGCAACUCCUCCGGCACCGUGCGGCUGGAGCGCCGCGGCUGUUGGCUCGACGACUUCAACUGCUACGACCGGACGGAGUGUGUGGAGACCACCGAAAACCCGAUGGUGUUUUUCUGUUGCUGCAACGGAGAUUUCUGCAACGGAAACUUCAAGUACCAGCCCUCGUUUCAGCUCCCCAUUGAAGGGGCCGCUUUGCUGUCUCCAGAUUCCAAGAAGCCUCCGGAGCCGUCCCAGCUGGGCAACGUGCUGCUGUACACCAUGGUGCCGCUGCUGGGCGUCUCUCUGCUGCUGCUGCUCGCGUUCUGGCUCUACCGGCACCACGGGCUGCCCUACGCCCACCACGAGGUGCCCACGCAGGAGGAUGUGGAGGCGGCCCCCGCCUCUCCCCUCCUGGGCCUCAAGCCUCUGCAACUGUUGGAGCUGCAGGCCCGCGGGCGAUUCGGCUGCGUCUACCGUGCCCAGCUGCCCGGCCAGGAAGUCGCCGUCAAAGUUUUCCCCCCCGAGCACAAGGCAUCGUGGCAGAACGAAGUGGCCAUGUUCACCGCGGCCGGCAUGAAGCACGAGAACCUGCUGCAGUUCCUGGCGGCUGAGAGGCGUGGUACGGGCCUGGACUUCGAGUUCUGGAUCAUCACCCUCUUUCAGCACAAGGGCUCGGUGGGCGACUACCUCAAGGGCAACGUGGUGACGUGGAGCGAGCUGUGCCACAUAGCCGAGACGAUGGCACGCGGACUCUCCUUCCUGCACGAGGAGGGCCCCGACCUCAAGCCGGCCAUCGCUCACAGGGAUUUCAAGAGCAAGAAUGUGCUGCUCAAGAGCGACCUGACAGCGUGCGUUGCCGACCUUGGCCUGGCCGUCAAGUUUGAGCCUGGCAAACCGCCCGGGGACAUGCACGGCCAGGUGGGCACGCGCAGGUACAUGGCCCCCGAGGUGCUGGAAGGGGCCAUCAACUUCCAGCGAGACGCCUUCCUGCGUAUUGACAUGUACGCCGUGGGGCUCGUGAUGUGGGAGCUCGUGUCCAGGUGCACCGUGGCCGACGGCCCGGUCGGGGACUACCGCAUGCCGUUUGAGGACGAGGCGGGACAGCACCCGUCGCUGGAAGACAUGCAGGAGGUGGUCGUCAACAAGAAGCAGAGGCCCGCACUCCGUGACUGCUGGAGGAAACAUCCUGGCCUGUCCCAGCUGUGCGAGACGGUGGAGGAAUGCUGGGACCACGACGCCGAGGCUCGGCUCUCGGCCGGCUGCGUGGUAGAGAGGGUGUGCCACGCGCGCCGUGUAGCAGAAGCUUCCGGCGUCGCCACCACCACUACCUCCACCACCAGCAGCACCAGCAGCAGCAGCAGCAGCAGCGCCGGCGAUGCCACCAUCACAAUCAUGGUUCCCUCGGCGUCACCUCCGAAUCCUGAACUGCUGCCCGGCGCCGCGAGAGAAUCCAGCCUCUGAGCCCAAGCCGCGGCUGUCGUAGCGUCAAACCGGGCGGCACGGGCAACACGCGGGAAAUGUAAACACUCGGGCACCGGUGAUCGGGAGCAAGGGGGAGCAACGAAGAACGUGGGGACAAUCGGCGCGCAGGUAGCUGCCGGCGUGCGCUGGUUGCAGCGUCUGUCGGAGUCUCGCUUGCUAGAGAGUUGGUUGACUCCAGGCUGUGUGACCAUUAUGAUCUGAAGGUGCUCAGCGUUUGUGGCUGUGCAGAAAAAAAACGAGUCAUUGACUUGCACUUGCGUCCGUUCACCGCCUGUGCAAUGGGGCACAAAGUAUUCCGACCGUAGAGAAAUGACGGUGUGUCGAGUACACAUUGGCAGUGCUGUUCGAAAAUGUUAAUUGGACCACGCUUUGGAGGUGCAUCAUGUAAGCGGCCACAGGAAGCGAUUUUUAAGAUGCGCUGCCACUCCCAACACGCCACAGUGCAUCCGAAGCAAGUCAUCCGCAGAUGGACUUUGUGUUCUUCACUAAAAACCAUGAAUGUACUGCUUUGAAAGUCAGAUGCUGCGUUUUAACGUUAAUCCUCAACUGUGCAUCGGAAUUUUAUUUGUCAGGACACUUUCCUUUUACAGAUAAGUGCUCAAAGGCAAUGGUGCGUGCUCUAGCUACAGACAUGAAUUCAUUAACGAACGACUUAAUGAACGACUUGAAGACAACAGAAGGGAAAAAAAAACGCCACUGCCAAACAUAAAUCAUGAGCUCCACUGCAAGAAUUACAAUACUUCUGGUGUUGGUGUCAGCAUACAUGAUGCUAUUGCUGUAACAAAUCAGCCAGGGACACCAUCAAUAAUAUAAGCCAUCUGUUCAGCCAAAAAAAAAGCAUUAAAAACAGGUACAAGUUCAUAAUUUUUUACUCCAGUACAGCUGUAAUGUGCUCACCACCUCCGCCACUUGCGAGGUUCCCUCCCACAUCGUGCCGUACGCUGUGUGGAGCCUUCAAACCUCCGCAUGCCAUUUCAUCUCAGGAAAAAAACAAAAUAUUCUCGUCGCUUGGGGUACCCGUUGGUCUUUGUGAGCUGCGGUCCUGGAUUGAGCGUGCAAGGGAGCGCCUGGGUAGACGGUCAGCAAGCGGAUCGCAGGUCUCACGAGCUACCGACCCCUCUCGGCCACGCCGCAUUUAUUUUAGUUUUCAUCGGUGGCUCGUUGUCUCGGAGCAGUCGUCCGGUUUUCAGUUGGAGUUGAACUUCGGCCGCUGCUCGAGGCUUGUCAGGCUGGUGUUUAUGACGAGCGCAGUGUAGGCGAGAGACGUCAACGAUGUUGAUCAGUGGCGAGCGUUGCUGGCGCAGGCAAAGUGAAUGCUUCGGUAGGCGGUGAUUGCUCCUUUGCAGAAAUGGCAUAUCUGCGAGGAACCUGCCUUGGUUUGAAUUUUUCAUUUUUUUAACACCGUCUCUAAAUAAAUCGUGGAGCCUCUGCAACUCUUAACACUUCCUACCAAAUAGAGUCUGAUAGGGCAGCGCAGCAUUUACAGAGAAAAUAAAAGGUGUGAUUCAUGUGAAUACAAACAAAAUGCCCGUUCCUGUCACUUGUGAAACGGCAGGCGUGUGGCUUGUGCUGUGGGAAGACUGGAUUAAAGAGUAGGCGACGUUCUCAAAGAACAUGCCUUCUGCUGUAUCAAUGCCGCGCAGCAAAAAAUAGAUAUAUAUAUACCGGUAAUUGCACCGAGUGAAACAUGAAGCCGUGAUUAUUACGAUGUCAGGUGCUUUAUCUGAACUGCGUGCAUUGGCUCCCAGGCUCAAGUGACGUCUGAAAAACCUGUUACAACUCCCCAUCACUGUGCCUACGAUUUGAAAUUGUUGCCCCCCUUUUGAGUUCAGAUGAAAAAAAAA